UAAAUAUCGGACGGCACUCUGACCCGCUAGCUAGUGGUCCUUGGUCUCUUCUUCUACUCCGUCAUCUUCCUCAUCCUCUCUCCCCUGCCGGCCUUCCCUUUCUUCUUUUGUUCUCGAUAUCUUGCAACGUCGGGAGGGGAAAAGAAUGUCGGCACAGAUCGCGCCGGCGGAGCAUGUGUGCUACGUGCACUGCAACUUCUGCAACACAAUUCUCGCGGUCAGUGUUCCCAGUAAUAGCAUGCUGAACAUCGUGACCGUUCGUUGUGGGCACUGCACUAGCUUGCUUUCGGUGAACUUGAGAGGUUUAAUCCAGUCACCACCACCUGUGCAAGAUCAUUCCCAGGAGAAUCUCAAGGCUCACAAUAUCAGCUUUCGAGGAAAUUACCCUGACUAUAGCUCUUCUUCCAAAUACCGUAUGCCAAUGAUGUACUCAACCAAAAGUGACCCAGAACAUAUGCUACACAUGCGACCAGCUACCGAGAAGAGGCAGCGGGUUCCUUCAGCGUAUAACCGAUUUAUUAAGGAAGAGAUACGGAGGAUAAAAACAAACAACCCCGACAUAAGCCACAGAGAAGCCUUCAGCACUGCAGCAAAGAACGUUAGUACAUGCUACGCAUAACACCUAUGUUGUACUACCACAGUUUUACAUUUACAGUGGGCGCAUUUCCCUAACAUACAUUUCGGCCUAGCCUCCAGUGAGAGCAGCAAGAAGCUGGACGAGGCCAUCGCGGCGCCUAUCCCCCAGAAAGUUCAAGGUCUCUACUGAGACGAAUAUUCCUCUAUGCAUGAUAUUUCAUAUUGUAAGUAAUUAAUUUAAGGAAAUCUAAGUUAUUUCUAAAUCAGUUUGUGAGUGGGUACGUGUAAGAUCACUUGCGAGCGGCAUGCGUGAAGUGAGAAAAAAAAAGCAUAUGGAAAGUGCAUGCAGCUAGCUAGCUAACGCCCAUGCAUAUGAAAGUCUUCUGAAUAAAUCCCUUGAUCGAUCACCCUGUUGUUAUUUGGUUGCUUAAAAAUAAUUAUCCUGUUUUUUAUUA